AUGGAAAACCUCAAAGAAGAGAUUCUGAAAUCUGACCACAGCAGUGACACUGAUUCUGCAACCUCAUCUGACUUUGCUGGUGACUUGAUUCAUCUCUUUUUGGCCAAUGGUGGUGAACUUGUUCAAAUGUUGGUUUCUUACGGUGCAAAAGUAAAUGCCAACAAUGCAAGCAGAAAAAGGCUUCUUGUGCGGAAUUCCACCAUUAUUUGUGAAGGUGCCAAGGAACAGUUUUUGCACAAAUUUAAGGCCAGGCGGAAAAUGAGAUCACAUCAUCGUCAAGAAGAUAAAAUGCCACAGGGAAAGCGUUUGGAUGCAUUAGAAAACAUGUGCACUCAACUCAAGCAUGAUCAAACGGAGACCAGUUUACUGCACUUGUUCUCUGAUGAAAAAUUUUACUUUGGCACCAAACGCAUCUAG